GGAGGCGUUGGAGGCGUUGGCUGCGUCAGUGUCAGUUACCAGCGAGGGAACACCGGACUAAAAGGCGUCCUUUGAAUACAGCUCUGUGGGAGAAAUAAACGUAUUUUAACGAGGCAGACAGCUGUAAACUUGCACCGACUCUUGCUUUUAUUGACCCUUGAUAAGGUAUUCGCCUGAACCUGUACAAAAUGAUGAAGAACGGUCACCACGACACCGACGGUCAGCGGGAUGAAGCCGGUUGCUGUAAACCGGGUAGCUCUGUGUGUAGCCCGGAGAAGAGGAAGCGAGUUGUCCGGUUGUGGUGUGACGGCUGUUAUGACAUGGUGCACUAUGGUCACUCCAACCAGCUGCGGCAGGCUAAAGGCAUGGGAGAUUACCUCAUAGUUGGAGUGCAUACAGAUGCUGAGAUUUCCAAGCACAAGGGUCCCCCAGUCUUCACUCAGGAAGAACGCUAUAAGAUGGUGCGGGCAAUCAAGUGGGUGGAUGAGAUAGUAGAAGGAGCACCCUAUGUCACCACCUUGGAGACUCUGGACAAAUACAACUGUGACUUCUGUGUGCAUGGAGACGACAUCACCCUGACAGUUGAUGGCAAGGACACAUAUGCAGAGGUGAAGCGUGCGGGCCGCUAUCGGGAAUGUAAGCGCACACAGGGAGUCUCCACCACCGACCUGGUGGGACGUAUGCUGCUCAUGACCAAAGCCCACCACAGCAACCUAGACAACCCAGAGUACCAGCAGCAUACAGACAACUUUGGAAAGGGCCCUAAAGGCCACAGUCCAUGGACAGGAGUGUCUCAGUUCCUGCAGACGUCCCAGAAGAUCAUUCAGUUUGCCUCAGGAAAGGAGCCUCAGCCCGGAGACACCAUCAUCUAUGUGGCUGGAGCAUUUGACCUUUUCCAUAUUGGCCACGUUGACUUCCUAGAGAUGGUCUAUAAACAGGCAGAGAGGCCGUAUGUCAUCGUGGGUCUGCACUUUGACCAGGAAGUGAACCGCUACAAGGGGAAGAACUACCCAAUCAUGAAUGUCCAUGAGAGAACCCUGAGUGUCCUGGCCUGUCGGUAUGUGUCAGAGGUGGUGAUCGGUGCUCCUUAUGCAGUAAGCAAGGACCUGCUGGACCAUUUUAAGGUGGACCUGGUGUGUCACGGCAAGACAGAGGUGUUUCCAGACAAGGACGGUUCAGACCCUUACGCUGAGCCUAAGAGGAGGGGGAUAUUCAAGACCAUCAACAGUGGGAACAACCUCACAACUGAUGACAUUGUCCAAAGGAUCAUUGAAAACAGGCUGCAGUUUGAAGCCAGGAACCAGAAGAAGGAGGCCAAGGAGAUGGCUGUGAUCGAGGCGAUGAAGAAGAGAGAGCAGCAGGAGCAGAGUAAGGCUGAAGGCCAGACUGCUCACUAAUGAGAAGGCAGACCUGAGAGAACUAGUUUGAGUCUGUAUUACUGAUCAAGGUACACGCAGCUUUAACAGGGUGGAGUCUGUCUCUCUUCUAGUCCGGUGGAGGAAAAAUCCUGCUUUCAAUACCCGACGUGGCAUUAUGCAUCUAUCUGUACGGACUGCUCCACUCAGAAUAGAUCUUUUACGAGAAUAUAGUCUAAGUUUUAACCUGCAAAAUCUCUUAACUCCCGUCUUCCUGCAUAGAGAACGUUGUCAUCUUUGUACACACUACGUGUCCUGUAUACAUGCAGAAGUUUGUAAUGAUCCAUAACUUAUUGACACGGUGUGAACGUGAGAUAUGUAUUUAAAAUUUUUAACUAAAAUUAAUUUUGGUGAUCAGUCUUAGAAGUGUCAUCAGUUAGCUUGCUCUGUUUUUAACACAUGGUCAUUAAUUUUAAUUUGUAGGAGUCACUUUGUUUAUGUCCAUCCUGAAAAAAAGACACAUUGUUAUAUGACUGUGAAGUGGUCGGAUUUUACCUGUGGAUGUGAACUACAGUUUGCACCGAGUGAGUGUGUGUCUGUGUUGAGUCAGGUGAGUGUUUGUAAAUGACAGUCGUAGUGCCUCGUUCCUAAAGCUAUGAAUAAUGUGGGGCUGUGAAAUGUGUUAACACUAACUCCACUCUUUGAAAGCUACUGGAGUGUCCCUGGAGAUGUUGUUAAGUCUGUUUUCAGGGAAUGUGUUUGAGGAAUUGGUUCUCCGGUUUCACAAGACAAUUCAAGAAGAUCUGGGACCCAGUUUCAAACAGUGGAACCUUCCUGUCCGUUGACUUUCUUUACUCGGGGCAUGUGGCAGGUGAAUCUGGAGAUGGUGUGUUUGUGGUGUGGAAGGUGGAAUGGUGGCAGCGCUAUGAGAGCUAUAAAUAUGUUUAUAAAAUUAAUAUUAGAUGGUGAAAACUUUACAACCUCACAAUCACUAUAUUUCAACUUGUACAUUUUGCUUUAUUAAAUAAAUAAAUAGGUAAUAUGGCAAAA